UCCUCAGGAGGAGGGGGACGGAGAGCAGGACCAGGGGUCAGACCCUAGCACCACCCAGACCAGGAAAGUACACUCCUCCCUGCCUCCGUCUUCAUCAUCAUCAUCAUCAGCCCCUACAACCACCCCUCCCAGCCCAGCCAGCCCUCAGACUGCGCCAGCCAAACAGGUCCCUGUGAACCUGGGCUAUAAGAAGCCAGACACCCUAACGGAGAAACCAGGGCACCCUGACCCACCUGAUGUCCACAGCAAACUACCUUCACCUGCCCAAAUGGACCAGGCAAUCGCCUCUGACCCCACAGCUUCAUCCCCCCAUUCCCCCCCUCCCUCAUCACCCCAUUCCCCCUUGGUACAGGACCCUAGCGGUGAGGCAGGUGUUAAGGGUGAUGGAGGUAUGCUGAAUGGGGGAGUACCUACAGUCACCUGCCAUCCUACCAGACUCACAAAGGUCAAAGGUCGCAAACAGAACUGUUCUUGCUCAGCCGCCCGCACUAACGUGAACUCAACAACAAGACCUCCAGCCUCCAGCCCCCAUCAGGCUAACCUUGCAGCCCAGGACAGGACUACAGGCUUCAGCUGCCCUCCUACACCACCCCCAUCCACACCCCUACUUCUAGACCAGAGAGGAGCCCCAGUGGCUGAUGGGAGACUAAGUCCUGCUGCCUCCCUCACCAGCCUGAGCAGGGGACCAUUACUACCAUCCUCUGUGGGAAAUGAGAGAGGGAAGGAGGAGAAAGCCAAGAAGAAGAAAGAGAAAGAUGACAAAGCAAGGGGUGAGAAAGGGAAGGGUAAGAGAGGGGAGAAGGGGAGAGGGAAGGAGGACAGAGGGAGGAAUGAGAGUCCAAAGAUGGACAGAGAUGAGAGAGGGAAGGAGGGAACUGGGAUGGAUGAGAGCGGGAGGGAUAUGACGGGGAAGGAGGAGAGAAAUGGGGACGAGGACAAGGAAAGAGAGAAGCCCAGAGACUUGAGGAUGAAUAAAUCGCCCUCUUCUACAAAGUGUCAGAUGUCUGAGGUUCAGAGCAGGAAGACAGGUACACCCAGCCCAGACCUGACCAGCAGAACAGGGGAAUCAGAUGAUACUGGUGCCCCCUCAAGACCCACCGUCUCUCCCUCCAACCCAUCCACUGCCUCCUCUUCCCUCACUUCCCUCCCUCCUCCCUCUCUCUCUCUCCACUUUUCCUCUCCUCCUACCUCCCCCCCCGAGAGCAGGACAGCCGUCCGCUGA